AUGUCAGAAUGGCAUCACAGAACCGAUGCAGUACACUGGUUUAUAGAUGAUCUAUCGUCUAGAGUGGUCGCUGAAUCAGGUAUCCCAUGCGAUAGGUAUCAUCUUGGAAAAUUGAUUUUAAAGAGCUUCAAAGAUGCACCGGAAUUUAUUUUACAGGUUGACGGUGCAACGGGUGAAUCAGAAACCUUUGGUUCAGCAUUAAAAAGAUCUGUACAAUGUGCAAACGCAUUCAGGAAAUUUGGUGUAAACCAUGGCGAUGUGAUAAUUUUGAUGGCGCCUAACCAUAUUCAUCUUACUAUGCCGAUGUACGCAGCUUUUUAUCUUGGCAUUGCUGUUGCUGGAAUUGAUUGUACUUUAGGAGUUGAUGAACUUCGAGACUCCUUUAAAUUCAAUGAACCAAAAGUAAUAUUUUGUCAAAGUGAAAGAGCAAAAGAUGUUGAGGCAGCACUAGAAGGACUACCACAUAAAACACAAAUUAUUACAUUUGGACAGGCGGAUGGAUUUACUAGUUUUACAGAUUUUCUUCAAAAUUAUGGAAAUGACGUAACAGAGGAAGAUUUUAAAGCCGCAGACUUCGACACUAGUGACACGGUAGGGCUGUUAAUAGCAACGAGUGGAUCUACUGGAUUGCCGAAAUCAGCCGCUUGCACGCAUAAGAACUUGGCCAUCUCAGUUAUGUAUAAAUGGCUUACUUUCGAUCAAUUCCCGACGCCAACGCGAUUGCCAAUCAUCUUGUCUCCAAUCCAGUGGUUCUCAGCGCUGUUCCUGUUUGUGUCUACUCCGAUACUGAGGAGUUCCAGACUCCAGUCAUCCCAACCUAUGACGCAAGAGCAUUCAUAUUACUUAAUCAACAAGUAUAGACCAACAUUUGCUAUGACGAGUCCGAACAUGUUGACGACACUGUUCAAAGCUGGUGAUUGUGAACAGUGUGACUUCAGCUGUUUCGAGCUAAUCAUUGCAGCAGGGAGUGGUGUACACCCAGGUCUUGUCAAACGAAUGAAGGAAAUUAUGCCCAAUACUAAAGUUAUGGUCAUGUAUGGAUUAAGUGAGUUAUCCGGAAUGGCCUUCAACUACGAUGGAUGUCUACCCACCUCGCUUGGCAGGCCUCUGCAGAGUAUCCAAGCAAGACUUGUUGAUGCAUCAACUCUAAAAGAUGUAACCGAGCCUAAUGUUAACGGAGAACUGUGGGUCAAGGGACCGACAGUUUUUAAGGGUUAUUACAACAAUCCAGAAAUAACAGCGCAAACUCUCGUGGAAGAUGGCUGGCUAAGGACCGGAGAUGUAAUGUACAGAGAUGCUGCGUAUAACUUUUACUACGUUGACCGACUCAAAAUUUUGCUUAAAUAUAGAAAUCAUCAGAUAUCUCCUUUAGAAAUAGAACGCGUUAUAGUAAAUCUACCAGGCGUGUUUGAAGUUGCCGUUACUGGGAUACCUCACGAGGAGCAUGGAGAUUUACCAGUUGCCUGCGUUGUUCUAUAUGAGGGCUUUAAAGUUACCGCGCAAGAAAUCAAAGAUUUUGUUAAAGAAUCAUUGACGGAUUCGAAACAACUGAGAGGAGGAGUGAUAUUCCUAAAGCAGUUGCCACUGACGUCAACAUUCAAGAUCAAUAGACAAAAACUUCGACAUUUAGCCCUUACUUUACCACGAGAGUAAAAAUGUUAAUACCCCCCAAAAUUAUAUAAUGAUUUAUAGAUUUUUGUGAAUAAGAAAGAAGUAAGGAGUGUUUUUAAAAUUUAGUACUAAUAAAUAAUAAUCACUAGGACUUUAAUUAAAACUUAAUGUUCAAUCAUUAAAUUACUUACACUUUUUUGAAAAAAAUAAAGUACGACAUAUUAAAUGUGUAUAUUUUCUUAUAAUACAGAGGCGUAAUAGCCCAGUGGAUAUGACUAUGCCUUCGAUUCCGGAGGGUGUGGGUUCGAAACUGGUCCGGGGCUUGCACCUCCAACUUUUCAGUUGUGUGCAUUUUAAGAAAUUUAAUAUCACGUGUCUCAAACGGUGAAGGAAAACAUCGUGAGAAAACUGGCAUACCAGAGAAUUUUCUUAAUUCUCUGCGUGUGUGAAGUCUGUCAAUCCGCAUUGGGCCAGCGUGGUGGACUAUUGUCCUAACCCCUCUCGUUCUGAGAGGAGACUCGAGCUCAACAAUGAGCCGAAUAUGGGUUGAUAAUGAUGAUGAUGAUAAUUUUCUUAUUAUUUAGACAUCACUUAGUCGUAAUUUGUA